UAAAUGGCAAGAUGUUUUUGACAAAGUACUUUGACCAAAUCUCUGGCACUUUCCAAGAUUGGUGCCUCUAUGAUAUGGCUCCCAGUUCUUAGACGAUAAGCAGGCAGAUAAUGCGACUGAAAACAUUACUCUAAAAACUCAACAUUGGCAUAAGCCUACUUCGGGAUAUACGAUGACUCGGGAAGAUCUCAUUCAGAUAUUUAUAUGCCGAAGGAUUGAGUUCUAAGCAAGUUAUUUGAAUUAUUUAAACUUGAAAUAUGCCUAAAGUCUUUUUACCAUUAGUUUCAAAUUAAAACUCUGAAUUUUCACAAACUCAAUUUGCUCUGAAGCGUACCCUACGUUUACCACAACCUAUGUAUGCCUUCUUACUGAUCCUCCACCUCGUUGCAAGUUCUUCUGCCUGCAUCAGCAUUAACACUAAAAAACCGGGUUUAAAAACUCCAUAAUUUUCUAGAAAAAGUUCUGAAUCUCUAAGAAGUGGAUAUUUGGUGAAUUUGAAAAAAAAUCGAAUUUAUAAAAUAGUGAUUCAUUGGCCAUUAUUAUAUUCAUGCAUUCAUUAUAUCUGAACAGGUCUGAUGACAAUCGGAAAGGCCUCAUGACAAGCCCUGGCAGACAAGACGCCCUUGUAUAUGGCUUUAAUUGCAGUUUUAGCUAUUUAAAAUAUAAAUGGACUUCAGAAAAAUUCUUGGCCCAGAUCUCUCCUACUUGUUAAGGAAAGAGAUAGAAGUUAUCCUCUGAAUUUUUCAUGAUUUCUAUAUGAUGGAAAGCUAAGAAUCUGUUAUUGAGAGCGAGAGUUAGGGCUAUUGCUCCAAUAUCUCUUGAGAUACUCAAGAUAUUGCUCUGAAAACUAGUAGGUUGUUUUACAAUUUCUGCAAACUGGGAAAAAGUAUUGUGGUGUACUCCAUUUUCAUGCAAUGAGGGGUGUAAAUAUCACUUCUCUCAGAUGUAAGAUUUCUAUCAUAAUUUUUCGUCUUCAAGAUUAUAUGUGAUCAGACUGGAGCAGGUUGCCUAGAAGAGGCUCCAGGCUCAUAAGGCACAAGAAAAUACUCUUUCUUUUUACCUGCCAAGAACAAUUUGGGCUUAAAAUAUUUCUGAAUUUCAGUUACUAACAACCGAAGUAUAUAUUUCUAAUUUAUAAGAUUUUGAGUGAUUCAUGAGGUGAUUUACCAGUGACCAAACCAAACCCCUCAGAAAGGAAUCAGCUCGACAGCUACUCUAAUGAGGCUAGUUUUUAAAUAUUUCAUAGAAAAAGUCUGGAGAAAUAAACUGAAAUUUCAUGGUGUUCAUCUGAGAAUUUUUUAUGUAAAUAGGAACUUAAUUCAAUAAAAAAAAUCCUCAAUUUUUGUGCUUAAAAUAGCAUAUUUAUGGAGAUUAAGACAGCGACAUCAUCAAUAGGAGUCUAACUGAGACUAGAGCUAGAGGAAUCACUUCUAAUGAUGUUAUCAUUUUAAAUAUCCAGAACAAUAAAUCAAAUGGACAUCUAAAUUUACCUUGUUCCGCUUUCAGUAGGGCUUUAAAUUUAAUUAGGACUUAUUCUUUUUAUCAUGGAGGGAGAUAUAAAUACUUCUCUGGGAUGAUAAGAAGUCUCUUAAGAUAACAACUUCACCUGAAUUAGAUAAAAAUUUAAAUUAUUGACCAUUUUUGUAAACCUCUAUUUAAGCCUUAGAAGACUAUAAACUAAGGAUGAUAUUUUGAUGCGAAGAGUCCCACAAGGACUUCAGCAGAUUUCUGCCGAGCUUGAUGGUCUGAAAAUGCUAAUAAAAAUAAGAAAUACAUUUUCUUUGAUACUAGUGAAUCUAAAGGAAUGUAAUCAUAAAAAUUUGCUGUCAUUAAAGAAUAAAAUUUCUCUAAUUAAUUGCAAAUAAAAAUCAGAGAACAAAGGUAUGUAUAAAUCUUCCUUCAGUGUCAUAGUUUAUCAAGAUUUCCAUUCAGAAAUAGCUUGAUAAGUUAGGAGAAGAUGAUAUAGAGGUACCUUCGAUUUUUCCAAAUGAGCUUCUAAGAUUUAGCCAAGAAGAGACAAUUUUGCUACAUUUUUUCUCAAAAAUGAUUCCUAUGAGCAUUGGAUUAAGCUAUUUGAAUGCUUGCUUUGAACCAUACAUCUAUGUUUAUUAGAAAUUUGUCAGCUAAUUCCUAUUGCAAUGCUAAUCUUUCUGCUAUAGUAAACUUCAUUAUUUAUAAAUUAAUGACUCCUUAUAGUCUUUUGCUUGGAGUGAGGGAGAUUGCUCAAGGAGUUAAUCAUUCUGCUACUUGUAAUUUAAUUCGAAGAUGUCUCACAGUAAGCCUCCGCCUCUCAACUUGUGCUUUGGAUAAGCCUCCCAGUUUUCGAGCUAUGACAAUAGUUGGAGGUAGGAAGAAACUAAGAAUUAAUAUUUUAUAUUCAUGAAGUUGUGGAAACAUUAUUUUUUAA